AAAAGCCAGAUGUGGAGGUUCUGGGCUGGCGUGGUUAAAUGUGGUCUGUGGUUGUGGAGGUCCUGGGCUGGCGUGGUUACACGUGGUCUGUGGUUGUGGAGGUCCUGGGCUGGCGUGGUUACACGUGGUCUGUGGUUGUCCUGGGCUGGCGUGGAUACACGUGGUCUGUGGUUGUGGAGGUCCUGGGCUGGCGUGGUUGUGGAGGUCCUGGGCUGGUGUGGUUACACGUGGUCUGUGGUUGUGGAGGUCCUGGGCUGGCGUGGUUACACGUGGUCUGUGGUUGUCCUGGGCUGGCGUGGAUACACGUGGUCUGUGGUUGUGGAGGUCCUGGGCUGGCGUGGUUACAUGUGGUUUGUGGUUGUGGAGGUCCUGGGCUGGCGUGGUUACACGUGGUCUGUGGUUGUCCUGGGCUGGCGUGGUUACACGUGGUCUGUGGUUGUGGAGGUCCUGGGCUGGCGUGGUUACACGUGGUCUGUGGUUGUGGAGGUCCUGGGCUGGCGUGGUUACACGUGGUCUGUGGUUGUGGAGGUCCUGGGCUGGUGUGGUUGUGGAGGUCCUGGGCUGGCGUGGUUACACGUGGUCUGUGGUUGUGGAGGUCCUGGGCUGGCGUGGUUACACGUGGUCUGUGGUUGUGGAGGUCCUGGGCUGGCGUGGUUGUGGUUGUCCUGGGCUGGCGUGGUUACACAUGGUCUGUGGUUGUGGAGGUCCUGGGCUGGCAUGGUUACACAUGGUUUGUGGUUGUCCUGGGCUGGCGUGGUUACACGUGGUCUGUGGUUGUGGAGGUUCUGGGCUGGCGUGGUUACACAUGGUUUGUGGUUGUCCUGGGCUGGCGUGGUUACACGUGGUCUGUGGUUGUGGAGGUCCUGGGCUGGCGUGGUUACACGUGGUCUGCGGUUGUGGAGGUUCUGGGCUGGCAUGGUUACACAUGGUUUGUGGUUGUCCUGGGCUGGCGUGGUUACACGUGGUCUGUGGUUGUGGAGGUCCUGGGCUGGCGUGGUUGCACGUGGUCUGUGGUUGUGGAGGUCCUGGGCUGGCGUGGUUACACGUGGUCUGCGGUUGUGGAGGUUCUGGGCUGGCAUGGUUACACAUGGUUUGUGGUUGUCCUGGGCUGGCGUGGUUACACGUGGUCUGUGGUUGUGGAGGUCCUGGGCUGGCGUGGUUACACGUGGUCUGCGGUUGUGGAGGUCCUGGGCUGGCGUGGUUAAACGUGGUCUGCGGUUGUGGAGGUCCUGGGCUGGCGUGGUUACACGUGGUCUGCGGUUGUGGAGGUCCUGGGCUGGCGUGGUUACAUGUGGUCUGCGGUUGUGGAGGUUCUGGGCUGGCAUGGUUAAACGUGGUCUGCGGUUGUGGAGGUCCUGGGCUGGCGUGGUUACACGUGGUCUGCGGUUGUGGAGGUCCUGGGCUGGCGUGGUUAAACGUGGUCUGCGGUUGUUGAGGUCCUGGGCUGGCGUGGUUACACGUGGUCUGCGGUUGUGGAGGUCCUGGGCUGGCGUGGUUACAUGUGGUCUGCGGUUGUGGAGGUUCUGGGCUGGCAUGGUUACACGUGGUCUGCGGUUGUGGAGGUUCUGGGCUGGCGUGGUUACAUGUGGUUUGUGGUUGUGGAGGUCCUGGGCUGGCGUGGUUACACGUGGUCUGUGGUUGUGGAGGUCCUGGGCUGGCGUGGUUACACGUGGUCUGUGGUUGUGGAGGUCCUGGGCUGGCAUGGUUACACAUGGUUUGUGGUUGUCCUGGGCUGGCGUGGUUACACGUGGUCUGUGGUUGUGGAGGUUCUGGGCUGGCGUGGUUACACGUGGUCUGUGGUUGUGGAGGUCCUGGGCUGGCAUGGUUACACAUGGUUUGUGGUUGUCCUGGGCUGGCGUGGUUACACGUGGUCUGUGGUUGUGGAGGUCCUGGGCUGGCGUGGUUAGCGGUUUUGGAGGUCCUGGGCUGGUGUGGUUAAACGUGGUUUGUGGUUGUGGAGGUCCUGGGCUGGCGUGGUUACACGUGGUCUGUGGUUGUGGAGGUCCUGGGCUGGCGUGGUUAAACGUGGUCUGCGGUUGUGGAGGUCCUGGGCUGGCGUGGUUAAACGUGGUCUGCGGUUGUGAGGCUGGUUGGACAUACUGGCAAAUUCUCUAAAAUGACAUUGGAGAUGUCUUAUUUACCUUUAUUUAACUAGGCAAGUCAGUUAAGAACAAAUUCUUAUUUUCAAUGACGGCCUAGGAACAGUGGGUUAACUGCCUGUUCAGGGGAAGAACCACAGAUUUGUACCUUGUCAGCUCGAGGAUUUGAACUUGCAGUCUUUCGGUUACUAGUCCAACGCUCUAACCACUAGGCUACCCUGGCUGGCAACAGCUCUGGUGUACGUUCCUGCAGUUAGCAUGCCAAUUGCAUGGUCCCUUAAAACUUGAGACAUCUGUGCCAUUGUGUUGUGUGACAAAACUGCACAUUUUAGAUUGGCCUUUUAUUGUCUCCUGCACAAGGUGCACCUGUGUAAUGAUCAUGCUGUUUAACAAUCUUCUUUAUAUGCCACACCUGUCAGGUGGAUGUAUUAUCUUGACAAAUGCUCACUAACAGGGAUGUAAACAAAUGUGUGCACAAAAUUGGAGAGAAAUAAGCUUUUUGUGCAAAUGGAACAUUUCUGGGAUUUUUUAUUUCAGCUCAUGAAACACUUUACAUGUUGCAUUUAUAUUUUUGUUCAGUAUAGUUGGAAAGAGAGCCCAGAAUUAUGUUGACCUCUUUAACUCAUAGGAAGUCCCACCAAGUUGACUACAUACCCUUCAAUGGCGCUGCUAGUGCUGAGUGAUUAGUGCUUUUUGAGGUCGGUUCGGUUUCGGUUAGAUAAGAAAAUAAUCAAGUAUUUUUUACAUUAAAUGCGCUAUUCAUAAUGUGGGUUGAAUACUGUAAAACACAGAAUAAAACAAAUGAAUAAAAGUCC